CAAAGAGUCCUUCCUCCGCGCCCUCACCGAAAACCUCCAGAUCCAACUCCGUACAUCCGCGAUCAACUACCACGCCGCCCUCCGAGAGGCCAAAAACAAAAACAAGAAGAUUGAUAAUCUCACGGAAUACCUGCGAGCAAAAGGACUGCCGUAUUAUGAGCGGUGUCAAUUGACGUAUGUGGUAUAACGCCCCGUACCAAACUGGCAACAAGAAACGGCCCAAGAAUCUGUUGUUGGCGUUUGAAAAUAAAGAGCAUUAUUCGGUUUAUUCCAAAGACGACCUGUGGGCCAUCUCCGGCGACCCAGACUUCACCACAACCUUCAUCGGCCGCUCCCAAUUCUACGGCGCCUCACGAAAUUCCGUCAUGGAGAUAAUCCCCAUGUCCCCCCACGACACAACCCUAGCCAACACCCUCCUCACAACAACCCACACCGCCUGGGCGCUCCGUGUCGCUUCGGCGAGUUCGGAUAUUCUGAUGAUGGAUAAUCUCCGUGACAAUCUCGGAAGAACAGGUCUAUUGACGACGGUGUUGGACCCCAGCGCGGGUGGUGGGGGUGCGGGCGGGACAGGAGGGACGGGGACGGCGAAGGCGAAGGCAAAGGGGAGGGGGUUCAAAGCGCCGUCGAGCGCUGCGUUGGUGGACGGUGAGAAACUGGAGGAUUAUUGGCGGGUUAUGGCGGAUGUUGCCGGGAGUUACGGGUUGAAUGAGAGUCAGAGGGAGGUUUUGACGCAGUUUGCGUCAAGCAUCGCCGUCCCGGGCACCCCCCCGAUCUGUCUCGCCCACGGCGUCUUCGGCGCCGGCAAGAGUUUCCUCGUCUCCGUCAUCGUCAUCUUCCUGCACAAGGCCAUGGCCUCCGGGUGUCUCCGCAAACCGGACAAGUUCAAAGUCCUGGUGGCGUCCAUGACGAACGUCGCUGUGGAUCGGAUCCUGCUGGAGUUGCUCAGGCUUGAGUUCAGAGAUUUCGUGAGGGUGGGCAGUUUGAAGAAGAUUGCGAAGCCGGUGUUGCCGUUCACCGCGCAGGCGAAGAAUGAUCAUGAGGAUACGCGGGAUCUGCAGGAUUUGUUGAAUGGCGAGCUGACGCCGGAGGAGCGGAGAGAUGUGGAGGAAACGAUGGCGAAGUUUAAGAAGAAUAUGAACAAGUCGAUUACGGAGAAGGCUUUUCUUGUUGGAGCGACCUGUUUGGCAACGACGUUCGAGAGCUUCGACUGGUAUCAGAACACCGUCGUCAUCCUCGACGAGUGCAGUCAAAUGACAGAACCCAUGUCCCUCCUCCCCCUCGCGCGCUUCGGCAGCCAAAAAGCGCUGCUUGUCGGCGACCCGCUCCAGCUGCCCCCGACGAUCCCGACCACCGCCGACCCCAGCCGCAAAGACGGGUUGGAACGCACGUUGUUUGAGCGGUUGGCGGAAAGUGGGUUGACGCCGGUCUUGUUGAGGACGCAGUAUCGGGUGAGUUGCGCAAAAAUCAAUCAUCCGUCUCACGCUUUCCUUCCUUGGUUUUUUUUUGCUUCUGACAUCUCUUCUGGUCCUUCUCAUGUAAGUGUCAUCCAGCGAUCGCACAAAUCAGCAACGAGCUCUUCUACCAAGGCCAGCUCACGCACGGGAAAACGGCCCAGGAGCUGUGUCCGCUCUACAACGGGUUACCGACACUUUCGUUCGUUGAUGUGCCGAAAGGGCAGGAGGUGCGUGUGCUCCAGGAAACAUUCUUCUGCGCACAUACUAAGAUUGCUUAUGAUGCUUCUUUUUUCUGGGGGGUAGGCUCAACAGAAAGGCGGGACGUGGGCUAAUUUCGAGGGUGAGAGAUUGAUCGACAUAUAUGUGCCCUGGAUGAUGCGAAGAUGAGGA